AGCUCACCACCAACGAGCGCAUCACCAGCUAGGUACGCACGCAACCCGGCGCCACACACCACACACCACCACACCACAAACACCGCCACCAGGACAAUGGGAGUGCAAAAGCGCACGCGCAAAUUCGCCGCCGUCAAGCGCGUCAUCGGGCAGCGCGACGCGCGCCUCCAGAAAAACGCCGUCGCCGUGGACGCCAAGCAAGCGGCGCAGAAGAAGCCCGACGUCGUGCGCGAGAUCCCGCAGGUCGCGUCGAACCUGUUCUUCCAGUACAACACGGCGCUGGUGCCGCCGUACAGCGUCCUUGUCGAUACCAACUUCCUCUCGCACACCGUCCAGCGCAAGCUCGAGCUCCUCCCCGCAAUGAUGGACUGCCUGUACGCCAAGUGCACGCCUAUCAUAACCUCGUGCGUCAUGGCCGAGCUCGAGAAACUCGGCCAGAAAUACCGCAUUGCACUGCGCAUUGCGCGCGACGAGCGCUGGGAGCGCCUCGAGUGCGACCACAAGGGCGUCUAUGCCGAUGACUGCAUCGUCGACAGAGUCACCAAGCACAAAGUCUACAUCGUCGCGACCAACGAUCGCGAUCUCAAGCGCCGGAUUAGAAAGAUCCCCGGUGUGCCCAUCAUGUCCGUCGCCCGCGGAAAAUACGUCAUUGAGAGACUUCCCGACGCACCAGAGAAAUAAGGAAAUUCAUUCAGUAUGGCACAAGGGCAAGCAAGGGUUUAGACGGAUUGGACUUUCGCAAGAGCUAUUCCAUUUCAUAUUGAGCACGGUUCUAGUUUACGGCCGUCUUGAAGCUACAGGCGUUGGGGAUCUUAAAAAGACGCGGACGGCUUCCGCUCUCUGCAAAGGCGUUGGGGGACGGGACACAUACCAAACUACUAAAGUCGAUGCGUCGGUGGUUAGCGCAACAUGUAAAAAGAAGCAGAAACCCUUGACCCAGUGACCCGCUCAGACGCCGCAGAAAUCCUCGCCCCCUCA